AUGGAACUUUCUCGGACGGCUCUUGUGAUUGCCUUUGCCCACGCCAACGACCACAACGCCUCGCCCACGGAGUUCGUGCUCUCCAAGCUGGAGCCUUCCAAAACGGCAACUGCAUCAUCUGCCCCAAGCUGUCCUCCUGCUGACCGAAUGCCUCAGUGCGUAAAUUGCGGAGGAGAAAAUCCACCGGGCAUGUGUAUUGGGCAUCCUCAGAAAUCGAAACCACCUAUUUGGUCUGGCUGUACGUGCAUCCCGUCUCAGAACUUCGUCGGCUUCAUACUAUCAAAUAAGAUAUCCUUUGUUGAUCCCAAAGGUCUACCAAGACUACUUUCAUUCAUAGACGCAAACGGUACAGCCAAAUGCGACGGAAAACAGUUUGAUGUUGAAACUGAGAUGUGGACGAUUCUUAUGUAUCAGUUCUGUAAUCAGACUCGUUCUAUCGAAGACCACAAGGUGGCAUGGGCAGCGUCUGAUGACAAGAGCGCGAACGGUAAAUGGACAAAUUACAAGAACUGGUUUUUCACUUUCGAAUGGACGGCCCCGUCCAAAGACUACGGCACACUUGCCCCCACCUGCUCCCAGACCUUCCUACACAUGCUGGAUGAUAAAACAUCAAAAGGAUGA